AUGCGAAUAAAAAAAGAGUUGCAACUUAUCCUAAAUGACCCAAAUGUUAAAGAUCUCUUCUAUGGUAGAGAAGAGGUUGAGAGAAAAGCCUCUAAGGAAGUUUCAAUUUAUGAUAAUCAAAAACUUUAUAUUAUAGUUAACAGAAUCCCAACAGAACCAUUGAACAUUGUUGGAGAAUUUCCAAUAGUCUAUAUCAGGUGGGGAUCAUUUACAGAUUUCGUUCCAACAAGUCAUCCAAAAAGCCCAUUCCCUCGGGAAGUCAUAAAGAAAUUUGACAGUAUUCUGGAUACACACAUUGGGCUAGACUUUCGUUUACAAUUUAGCAACCUCACUGCGAUUGGUUUAGACUGGAAGAUCAUUCUCGGCUGUUAUGAAGAGAGACCAUCUAUUGUAUUCUACGUAAUUCGCAAGGGUGUGAUCCCUCUUGGUGACAAACUUCUUCCCCAAACAAUUGCUGGCAUAGAGACAGAUGUUCGUGAGGGAUAUUAUAGUCCAACUGGCAAAGACUCGGAGUAUUGUCGUAGAUAUAUGUCAACAGUUUCUUCUGGUUGUAGUAUUGGAAAUAUUGGCACUACUCGUGCAGGAACUUUAGGUGCAUUUGUAAAAAAAGAAAGUGUGGAAAAAAUCUUUUUUUUGACAAACCACCAUGUCAUUCAAGAUGGUUCUAAAAAUCGUUGUUUGGUUUCUCAACCGGCUUAUAUAGACUAUGUAGGGAAGUUUAAAAGUGAUAUAGAAAAAGAAAAAGAAUUAUUAAAAAAAAGUCAACAUGUAGAUUAUGAUAAAGAAGGAACGGAAGUAGCUCGCGCUGAAAUCAAGAGGCUGGAAAACAUACUGAAAGAUGCGCGUAAGAAGGACACAAUGCUUGGAUCAUUUUUCAAUGGGAUACGUGAUAAUUAUGAAAUCGAUGGAAAAAAUUAUGGGGUUGAUGCUGCCAUAGCUUCACUAGAAUUACUUAAAAAUGGUAACUUUCGAAAUAUUAAUCCAAAGUGUUUCUGCAUACCAGAAUCCACAUUUAAACAAUCAUCUUUUGAGCCUAUACGGCCUUCAGGCAAUAUUAUCAACAGUAAUUUAGUCAAUGUUUCAGAACCUAUACUUAAAAUUGGACGAGAAACUGGACUGACUGUCGGGUAUAUAAAAGAAACACCUCUAUCAUCAAAUUUUCUAACAAAUUAUCAUGUGUUUUUUCAACAAGAGAGAAUAUUUGGUCGUGUACUGAUGGAAGCCAUCAAAAAUCAGAAUAAAACUAUAUUUCCUUCUAAAUGGUUAGAUCGACAAAUAAUAGUACGGUCCAAAGAUAGUCCUUUUAUGGAAAAGGGAGAUUCUGGUUGCGUCUGGUUUGAUCAAAGUGGAGCAUUUAUAGCAUUAGGCCAUGGGACUUUAGAUACAAGUAGUGGAACGUACGCUAUAGGGUCACCAAUACAUGCAGUGACAAAGGCACUUGAUAUCAGUAUUUUUGUUGGGUGA